UGUUUGCUUGGAAGCGAAGCUGAUGACUGUAGCUGAUUACUUGAAGAAGGUUGUCGGCUUGCAGAGUCUCCACUUUAAUUUUAAACUGUUUUAUUUUUUUUAGAACUAUGUAUUCAUAUUUUACCAGUUACAUUAGCUGUUGUUCACAGACACAGAGUAUGGUGAAAUAAAAUAAAGUAUACGAGACGUAUUUAGCGCGGCUGGGCUCCCUCCGUCUUCCCUCAUGCGGGCCUGGUCGCACCCGGUUGGUCCCCAGGCUCGACUGAAUUCCCUCCCUGGAAUGUGUGUCUGAGGCUGGGGAGAGCAGUCUUCACUGGUCCCCUGAGCACCACUGGUGCAGCGGAGUUCAUCUGCGGUUUCUCUCCGACUCCUCUCCCUCUGCCGUCCCUCCGUUCCUCUCUCCUCGCUCCCUGGGUCUGCGAGAGGAUGGAGGGGAGCAGCCUGAACUCUGCGUACGUGCCCGCUGUGCGGGCCCCGGUGUUGGAGGACGUGGAGGUGGCGGGCGGGGACGGGGAGGACCGUGGGGGACGGGACCCCCUGCUGAAGGACCAGGCCCUGGCGGCCUGCCCCCCAGAGGACGCGUACUGCAUGGUGUACGCCAUCUUCUUCAUCCUGGGCAUCGGCUCCCUGCUGCCCUGGAACUUCUUCAUCACCGCCAAGCAGUACUGGCUGUACAAGUUCAGCAACAGCUCUGACCCGGGCGCUCCGGGGGAGGCCCACUCGGACCUCAGCGACUAUUUUGAGAGCUACCUGGCUAUUGCCUCCACAGUACCUUCUGUAUUAUGUCUGGUACUCAACUACCUCCUGGUCAACAGGCUGUCCUCCUCGGUGCGGAUCCUGGCCUCUCUCCUGGUGAUCCUGGUGGUGUUUGCGAUCACCACGGCGCUGGUGAAGGUGGACGUGUCGCAGCACCACUCCCAGUUCUUCAGCGCCACCCUAGCCAGCGUGGCGCUCGUCAGCGGGGCCUCCAACCUCUUCUCCGGCAGCGUGUUCGGCAUCAGCGGGCACUUCCCCAUGAGGGUGUCCCAGGCCCUGAUCUCAGGCCAGGCCAUGGGGGGCACGCUCAGUGCGGUGGCCUCUGUGGUAGACCUGGCAGCCGCCAGUGAUGUAACGGACAGCGCUCUGGCCUACUUCCUCACUGCCGACGUCUUCAUCCUGCUGUGCAUCUUCGUGUACCUGCUGCUGCCCAAACUGUCAUACUCACGACACUACAUGCUGGCAGCAGCCAAUAGGGGCAGCGGGGGCGGGUCGGAGGCGGAGGCGAACGGCCGGCCGGUGUCGGUCCCGCCCCUCAGGCCCAUCCUGAGGAAGACGUGGCUCCUGGGCCUGUGCGUGUUCUACGUGUUCUUCGUCUCCAUCAUGGUGUUCCCGGCCGUGUCCUCGGGCAUCCAGUCGGUCCACCACGACUCGGGCAGCCCCUGGACCACCACCUACUUCGUGCCGCUCACCAGCUUCCUGCUGUACAACGUGGCGGACUUCUGCGGGCGGCAGGCCACGGCCUGGCUGCACGCCCCGGGGCCCACCAGCAGGCUGCUCCCGGCGCUGGUGCUGGCCCGCACCGCGCUGGUGCCCCUCUUCAUGUUCUGCAACUACCAGCCGCGGACCCGGCUGCGCACGGUGCUGUUCAACAGCGACCUGUUCCCCGUGGCCUUCGUGUGUCUGCUGGGCCUCAGCAACGGGUACCUGGGCACCCUGCCCAUGAUCUACGGGCCCAAGGUGGUCCCGCGCGAGCUGGCCGAGCCCACCGGCGUCAUCAUGUCCUUCUUCCUCACGCUGGGCCUGGCCGUGGGGUCCGCCUUCUCCGUGCUCAUCGUGCACUGCAUCUGAGGAGGGCGCAAAAUGGCCGCCCGUCACCGCCGCGGGACGCGCGCCGACUACAGCCACAAACGCCGGGCGGUACUUUGCGGAUUCCCAUCAUGCACUGCAGCACAGACUCGCCCCUUCGGGGAUGCCACGCUGCUGGAGGGGCCUGUAGGGGUCAGUGCAGCGUACAGACCAGCCCAGUCAGAGGGCAGCCGUGUGACUUCCCAUCAUGCUUUUCACCUCAUUUCCUGGACUUGCGUCUGCCUCUCUGCAGGACUGACCUUACUACCUUUUAGUUUUGUUUGAAUUUUUUAAAUAAUAUUUUAAGUCGAUUUUAUGCGGUGUCAUUAUUUUAGUGUACAUUUUAGUGAUGUUCACGUUGUUGUGUAAGCAGGUUUUAUAUAAUUUUGUGGAAAAUAUUGUGCUCCCUUUUUUUGAACUGCUCGAUAGUUCUUCCCACGGUGAUGGUACGAAUGCCAAGUGUUUGUCUGCCUGAAACGUUUUCUGUAACAUCAGCUGACUGUGGUUAUUCAGGGUUAAAGACUAACGCAUUAAGAUAUAACGGGUAUAGACACAAGUGUGCAUUCCUUUUUAUUUUUCUUGUUGAGUAAACGGGGAGGGGGGGGGUUCGACUCCCCACUGUUAAAGUGCUACUCCGUCACUUGGCUGUCUCUCAGCUUUGAGAUAAAUAAAUCCUUUGUGCCAU